AUGCCGAAUUUGAGCUGGAGACAUCAAGCGCUCAUAGAAACUCUUAUAUCUCGCGGUCCUCUCAAGGAAGAUGAAUUCCUUUCAAUCUUCGCCGUCGUCAGCGGGAAAAAACAAGAUUCGAGAGAGAGGGAAUUUGACGAUUAUCUUUUGAACAUAAACAAGGAGCUUACAUUUGUACGGUUUGAGUUGCGUGCUUUCACAAACCAGUAUGAUGGAGAAGUUUAUUAUGGUGUGGUAAAUAAUGUUGCUGAUGAACAGGCCAAGCUUGGGAUUAAAUAUACAGUUCCUCAAAUUGCCUUCUACAAGGGUAUUAUAGAAGCAAUUGCGCAGGACACAACAGCUAGUGGUUGCAUAACGAACAUUGAUGCUCUCAAUAUCCGCUUAGAGAAUCAGAAUGGAAUAGGAUCACAAUCACCGAGUGGCACAUCUACUGUUCCCUACGCAUUCAAGAAUUUCACUAUAUCUCAAAAAGAUAAAACGAUAGAUGAACUUGUGCAAGAUCGGUGGCUUUGCUCCAUCCCUGACGGAAAAAUUGGGCUUGGUGUUAGAUCCUUCCUCGAUCUUCGGAGCUGGUUUCGAAGUAAUGAUGUUACAUCGUGUGAAAUUUGCAAUGAGGCAGGAGUGAAGGCUGAGUUGUGCCAAAAGGAGGAUUGUAACACUAGCAUUCACCACUACUGUUUGAAGAAGAAGUUUUCUCAAAGAAUGGCUUAAAAAGUUUGUCCUAGUUGUGGCACUGAAUGGCUCAGUGGGUCCACAUUUGAGGAAGCAAAGGAAGACGAAGGGGAGGAAGAGGAUUGGGGUGAACCAAGUCAACACCAAGCUGCAGAGCCUUCUUCAGCUGGCGUGAGAAAGAAGCGUCGAAGUGUCAAAUCCGAAAGGGUAGAUACUGUUGGAGAAGGCCGUCAUCGAACAUCUGAACCUGUUCAGGAGCUUAGGAGAACUACUCGCCAAACAUCUGAACCUGUUCAGGAGCUUAAGAGAACCACUAGAAGUGCUGCACAACGAAGGUAAAGAUACGAAAGGAAAAAGAAAAAGAUGAUAAUGAUGUAUGUUCACUUGGUUCUUAGGAGAGAAGCAAGCAUUGGUAAUUUUAAUUCUGGAUUGUAAUGCCCAGUGUAGUUUUUGUUGCUUUUAUGAGUUCUGAGUUUAAAUUGCCAUGCUUUACUGGAAAGUAGACUUUAAAGUCAUGCGGAGUAUCUCUUGCUGGUUAGUUGU